AUGCACAAUCCAGCCGCAGCGUGGGCCCGGAUGGCCUUGCUGGGAUUGCUUCCCGCCUUGGCAUUCGCGCUACACAGAUUCAAUGCGCUUGAGGCCAUCACGAGUUUCUACACAGGCCCAGGCAGCUACAGCCGCAUCCUGGCCACUGUGCUCUUGGCCCUGAACUGGAAGAGCCUGCCUUUGGCCUGGAAUGUCCGGAUAUGGCAUGCCAUGAUCUUGCACUUGUUCGUUCGCGAAUUCCAUGCCCACACGCCCGACAAGCUCUUCCACCCCAUCAUCAGCGAGUCGCACGCAUCCAUAGGCGAGAUUGACUACCGUCUGCACAAGUCAAACUCGACCUACCUCGCCGACCUCGACAUCAGUCGCUCGCAUCUCGUCUCGCAUCUCGUCGCCCGCGCCGGCCAUCUGGCCGCGAGCAAUGCCAAGACGCGCCUGGUCAUGGACCCGUCCAAUCCGUCCAAGCCCGCCCGAGGCUCCUUCAAUAUCGGCAUAGGCGGCGUCCACUGUUCGUUCAAGAGGGAGAUCAAGCCCUUCCAAAAGUACGAGAUGUGGUCCCGCAUCUUGUCCUGGGACCGAAAGUGGCUAUAUAUAGCCACCCACUUUGUCGAGAAGGGAGCCGUGCUGCCGCGGUCCUGGGACGCACACAAUUGCGGCCGGACGAGAUCCAGCCCCGGAAAACCCCAGGACUGGGAAAAGAAGAUUUUCGCCACCGCCGUCACCUCGUACGUGUUUAAGCUUGGCCGGCUGACUAUCCACCCGGCUAUUAUGCUCGGGGCGAGCGGCCUUUUGCCGGAGCGUCCAGGGGGGUGGACUUUGGCCGACAAUGGCGAAAGCCCUACGUCGGGGGAUAUCGUCGGUGCCGACGAACUCGGUGACGUCCAGACGCCCGAGUGGACGUGGGAACGGACCGAGAAGGAACGCAGGAGAGGCUUGGAGUAUGCGCGACACUUUGCUGCCAUGGAUGAUCUGCACGGCUGGUUUGACGGUGGUGAAGACGGGGCGCUGGGUCGUUUCUUUUUGGGCUAG